CGAUUCAGCUCCUGGUGAAGAUUCGAGAGGAAAGACACGCACUCGGAACACCAACUGACCAAUAUGACUACCUCAAACCAGAAUGUGGAGUUCGUGAGGACAGGGUAUGGCAAGAAUCACGUGAAGGUCAUGUAUAUUCGUCGAGAAGGGACCUACCACUACAUAGUCGAGUUGAAAGCAGAUGUGCAGCUAACGUUAAGCUCGAAGAAUGAUUACCUGACUGGAGACAACUCGGACAUCAUCCCUACUGACACUAUCAAAAACACUGUUCAUGCUCUGGCCAAGCUGAAAGGGGUCAGGACCAUUGAGGGCUUUGCCCUGGACAUCUGCAACCAUUUCCUAACAGCGUUCAAACAUGUCACACGAGCAAAGGUCAACAUCGUGGAAGCUCCAUGGAAGAGACUGGAAAAGAAUGGUGUUUUGCAUUCCCAUGCUUUCAUCUUCUCUCCAGAAUCCUGGCGAUUCUGUGAGGUAGAACAGUAUCGGAAUGACAAACCAGUGAUCCACAGUGGAAUCCAGGACAUGAAGGUUCUCAAGACCACACAGUCAGGCUUUGAAGGCUUUCUUAAAGACCGCUUCACUACUCUCCAAGAAUCCAAGGACAGGAUCUUCUGUACUACUGUCUACGCUAAGUGGCGUUACCACACGAGCCAGAACCCGAAUUUUGACACUGCCUGGAAUACAGUUAAGGACACAAUCAUCGAAAAGUUUGCUGGACCAUAUGUGCAUGGGGAGUACUCACCCUCAGUUCAGAAGACUCUGUACGAUACCCAAGUUCUUGUUCUUGACAGAAUUCCUGAGGUUGAGGAGAUUGAAAUCGUCAUGCCCAAUCAGCACUAUUUCACAAUCGACAUGACAAAACUGGGGCUCUCCAAUAGAGAUGAGGUUCUGCUACCUCUUGAUAAUCCAUCUGGAAACAUCACAGGAACUGUAUGCAGGAAGCCCCGAGCUAAACUGUGAAACUAUCAAGAAAACCGAGACAUCCACAAACAAAAGCAUUAUACAAAUCUUUAAUCACCUGCAAGAAAAAAGUAACCAAUUUACACACAAUUUUUGUUCAACCAAUGUGAGUUAACAAAAUAAAUAAAAACAAUUUAUAAUUGAAAA